GUCCAAGAGCUGAAGAUGGACCACUGACGUCCAGCAGCCCAGAAAACAGCUCACGCUCAACAGCCGCCUGAAUAAAUGGUGAAGAGAUGAGAGUUAAAUGAAAAGGAAGAAAAGUUUUGGACAGAGAGUGUCUUCGUCUCGUCUCAGCUCCUCAUUCAUUUCAACAUGUUUUCCAGCCAAAAACCAAGACCAAACUCAACUCACCAUAAUGUAUCAGCCACGACAGUUCACCCCAUCACCAUCGUGUCCACCACCUACACUAACACUAACACCACCCUCGAUCCGAUUGCUGUCGCUGUUAGCAACUUCUUCUAUGACUUUCUGGACAAGAUUCCCUUGCCUCAUUGGGCGAUCUACACCAUCUUUGCGAGCGGCGCUCUGCUGAUUCUGCUCUGCUGUCUGUGCAUCUGCAUAAAGUGCUGCUGCAAAGGCAAGAAGAAGAAAAAUCUGAAGAAGGAUGAGAAGAUCAACAUGUUGGGGGUGAAUGGGACCUCCACCACAGCUCUGGUUCAGCCAGAUGUGGCAGAUGUGGACUACGGCGCUACCAAAAAGCACAGAGGGAAGCUGCUCUACUCUCUGGAGUACAACGCCGCUCUGUCUGAGCUCACAGUUGGGAUUAAACAAGCUGACAGUUUGAAGGCCAUGGACGUGGGAGGAAGCUCGGACCCGUACAUCAAAGUCUACAUCUGCCCCGACAAAUCCAAAACCUGUGAGACCAAAGUGUUCAGAAACACGCUGAACCCCAUCUUCAACGAACAGUUCAGCUUCCAGAUAUCCAAGUCCUCCCUCCUGAAGUCGACUGCGGUGAUGAAGGUGUUCGACUUCAAUAGAUUCACCAAACACAACAUCAUUGGUGAGCUCAGGGUGGAGCUCUGCAAUGUCGACUGGAACCACGUCAUCGAGGAGUGGCAGGAUCUCGGUGAACCGACCAAGUUUGAGGAGGAAGAUCUGGGAGAGAUCUGCUUCUCUCUGCGUUACGUUCCCACUGCUGGCAAACUGAAUGUGGUGAUCCUGGAGGCCCAAAACCUGAAGAGCAUGGACCCCGGGGGAUUCUCAGAUCCGUAUGUAAAGGUGCAGCUGGCUCUGGACAAGAGGAAGUGGAAGAAAAAGAAGACGUCCGUUAGAAAGAAGACGCUGAACCCGUAUUACAACGAAUCCUUCACCUUCGACGUGGCAUUUGAACAAAUCAAGAGGGUGAACCUGGUCAUCUCAUUGUGGGACCACGAUGCCGUGUCCCGAAAUGAUGCCAUGGGGAAGAUAUUCCUGGGCUGCGACGCCACAGGGAACCAGCUGAAACACUGGGCCGACAUGUUGUCCAACCCGCGGCGGCCGGUCGCUCAGUGGCACAGCCUGCUGUCGGCCAAGCAGGUCAACUCCACGCUGAACCUGAAAAAGAAGAUCCCCCUCCGUGACAAACUGCCCCUCUGAUGGGAAACACACAGGAAAAUCAUUUCCAAUGCACAAAAUGAAGAGAUUUAAAUAUUGUUUCAAGAUAAUCCCUCAAAUUUGAGAUUAUUUUAUCUAUUUCAUUGAUUAUUGAUAUUUUGUAUUAUAAAUGAAAGAUUAACAAUUAUAUUUUAUUACCAAAUCAUAAAGUCAUAUUUUUACAACAUGAGCACUUCUCUCCACCUGUAUGAACAGAAUAGUUACUCUAAAGAAAUCCCAUUCCUUUAACUUUAUAAGAGCUUGCUGUAGUUUGAAUUAUCAUCAUAAUUUAAGUGCUGGUUGUGAGAGCUGAGAGAGAAGUAACAAGUACAUUUAAUGAAGGACUGUACUUAAAAGGAAAGUUCACUCAUUAUCUACUCAGCACUAUGAUGAAGGAGGGGUGGGUGAAUUGUUUGAGUCCACAAAUCACUCUUGGAGUCUCAGAGGUAAACAGUGUUUCAGCCAAAUUGACCCCUUCAUCAGACCAAAUAAAGUUCCACUCCUGUAAGGGGCAAUGCUAGUGGGCGUGGCCACAUGAACGUGCAGCCCAUGUGUGUGCAUUGCUCCAAGGGGCCAGAGGGUAUGUGAACGCGCCUCCGUGGAGGAUAUCAGAGGACAUGUGGGCAAAAUAUGGGCCAAAACUGAAUUUUGCUAUGUGGGUAAGUUGACUUUAACUUUCAGCAAAUAACAUUCAGAUACUAUUAAACAGCCAAGUCAUUAAUAGUUUGUAUUAAAUCUCUACAGUGAACAUGGCUGUGCCAUCAGCGGUACAGAGUGCACUGGAGAUUACUCAGGAAAAUAAAAACUAUCCACUUUCAAACUUCUAUUUCCUUAUAAUAUCCCAGAGUGGAGGUUAGGAUCGAAAAUACGGUGGGACACUGGUGCGUAAUAGAUGCACGCGAAUAGACGGAUGAAGAGGAAACGAGGGUUCAGCGAUCACAACGAGUUUUGGGCCCCUGACGAUGGAGAGCUGAUAUAGAUUCUAAAGAACUGUGAUCUCAGAUCUUGAACCUUUUGUUGAACUGAGUCCGGUAUCACACAGAUCGACCGACUGGACCGAAACAUCAAACACAAGCAUAUGAUAUAAUUCUGUAAAAUUGUAUAGAUUAGGGACAUCACAGCUGUCUAUGAAAUUAAUAAUCCUGCAGUUGUGGAUGAUUAAAAUACCAGGUGAUACAAGUUCCCCCACAUUCUUAUUUUUUUGCCUCCACAUUUGAAUUGGAUUCUUUUUUAUUUUAGGCUCCGUUUCUAUCGUACUCACUCUCACUCACUGUAUUAUCAUCAUCAGCAGCAGUGUGUCUGUGUAUUGUCUUUAUUAAGGACGUCACUGCUGUUCCAUAAAAUCGCUAUUUACCUCCACCUCAAUAACAAUCACCUCAUUGUCGGUGUCAAAAUGGAAUAGUCCAUGGAUCCUAACAUCUUGUUGCAAAGAGUAAAGGUCAUUGUUAACUACUGUGAAGUCUUCAGGCUUAUGAAGCUAGAUGCUGAUGUGAAAAACAGUUAGGGAACUUGUUAAAAGCUAAUGCUUGUGUUGAGCCUUAAACUCGAGAGAGAAAAUGAUUCAGAUGAAUCUCCUGGAUCUUUUUUGUUCUCUCGCCUCUCUGAGCGUCUGGACUCUACGGGGGCCCUGAGAGCUCAAAGCACUGAAACUUAAGAAAACACACACAAGUAGACAAAAUAAGAGCAAAGUAAGAAAACAUCUAAAUCAAUUUGACAACACAACACAUUACAGAAACGCUCUGCAAUUACAGAAAACGACAACGGAAGUGUUUCCAGGGGACAACUGCUUGUGAUGGACACGUCUGGUUGUUGUUGCCGUUUUGAGUUGUUAAAUGGUUUAUUUUAACAUUGUGAUCGCAUGAUUCAGAUAUUACUGCAGAUGUCUAAUUUUAACCGAGCGUUGACGUUUUGCUUACCAUUAGCCUGCCAACGAAAUACACACAAAUAAACAACCGGACGUGUCCAUCACUUUUAGUUGUCCCCUGGAAACACACAUGUGCGUAAUGUUCAUAAUUGGAGUGCGUUGAGCUCUCAGGGCCACCGUAGGACUCCCCUGACGAAUGAAGAGUUAAAUAAAAGCAAUCAAGCUGAGUUCAGCACAUGUCUCUUCCUGCUGCUCCGAUUCUCCAGAGAGCUUCGUCAUUAAAGAAGAGUCCCAGAGCUAUGCAGAGAACAGAGGGCUUGGUUUGGUCUUUACUCCGUGAGCACCUGAUGCUAAAAUACAACUUAUUUUUAUCUGAAAAGGUGAAAAUGAUGGUCGCAGAACUUGAGUAUUUAACUAAUCUAAUACUUGUGACAGCAAAAGCUGAUACAUGUAUUCACAUACCUGUCAAAGGAUAAUCUAAGCCAUGAGGUGAAGAAGCUGCAGAGCUCAG